AUGACCGACAGAUCUGUCAAUUCCUAUAAACGGAUCGUUUCUGAUGUUAGUCUCUCAUCGGUUACUUCAACUGUGACCACCCUCUCCAACGCUAAUCACUUUAUCAGUGUCAAACUGACUUAUCGGAACUUCGUAUUUUGGAGGCCUCAAGUUGUUCAUUUUCUCAACGGGAAUGACCUAAUGGGUUUCAUCGACGGAUCAAAUCCUUGCCCGCCGACCAUGAUCUCGUCCGGCGAGGAGGGGGCUUAUGCUCUUGGCAAUCGAGCAUCACCCAUCCGUGCAGUGUGGACUGCCGUCACCUCUGCCCUCGACUCCUCAUCUCAAUCUCGCUCGUUGAACCUCAUCGGGCAGCUCCAGACGCUUCAACAGGGUGACGUCUCCAUCGCCGAUUACAUCGGCCGAGCCCAGGUUCUGAUAGAAGACCUUACCCUCGUUGGCCGACAUGUUCCUCUCGUUGAGCAAAAUCUAUAUAUCUUCCGGGGGUUGAGGCCCGAGUUCCGGAGUCUUGUCUCUUCUCUCAACGUCCGGGGAACGCCGGUCACGCUUCAUGAGCUCUCGGAUAUCCUCGGUGCCGAAGAGUUCGUUACCGGCAGUAGUGGCUCCGGGCAGAACGGCGGGCAGUCCCGUGGCAUUGGAGGAGGCCAUCGCGGCAAUGGUGGCCUGGUUGCAGCGGUUGGAACGACAAACACCAACCUAAAUGUCAACUUUGUGGGAUACUAG